GAUCUGCGCGAAAUAAUAUAUUCUUAUCAGACGAUUACCAAAAUGGUCCGAGAUCGUCUCGAAGAGUUUCAGAGAAUGAUGGCAGCAGAAUUAAACCGGGAUUCCAGCUUUAAAAGAUCUUUACGUAGAGGAAUCAAAUCUGUUAAUGCCUGUUCAUUUAGGAAGGCUAAGGCCCAGUGCGCCAAGGGCAAUGAGGCUAACGAAGAUUUUAGGCACAAUGAUACAACAGCAAAGCCGCAAGAUUCGAAUGCAAUGGAAGAACUCCUCUUUCAAGUAUCAGCAAUUCGAAAAGAUCUAGCAAAACUUGCCGAAAUGGAAGGAGAACUGAGUAAGAUAUACAGCGAAAUCGUUUCAUCUCCGACGCCACAGACGCAGCAACAGCUGAAAGCAAAUUCGUUAAAGUCCGCCGCCAUGACGAUGAUUUCCGGAAUCAAGCUACACAUUUCUGUAAUCAGAAACGAUGGUUGUAAUGCAACAGAUCAGACUCCGUCCCAGAGUUCCUCAGAGAAACGCAUGCGCGAAACUCAAUGCGACUGCCUCAGUAUCGAAUUAGUGAAUAUAAUCGAGAAAAUAAACAUAACUGAGGUAAAAUAUUACGAACAAUGCCGAGAAAAAAUCGUUCGACAACUGGACAUAACCGGGCAGAAUAUAACACAUGCACGAGUAACAAAUUUACUCUCGAAGCAGAAUUCUCAGGUUUUUACCCCGGGAAUUUCAACAGAACAGCAAUUCGCAUCAAAUAGCCGACGUGACGAAAUCUUAGGGCUUGAAGCUAAAAUAAUUGAACUGAAUGAAUUAUUUGUGAACAUGGCUGAUACCAUUGAGGUACAAGGAGGUUGUGUGAACAAUAUAGAAAGACACGUUUCAAAAACACUUGAUCACGUGGAGGUUCUGGAUGCCAAUAUAAAACGUAAACAAGCUAAAAAAUGCAAACGAAAAAGAAGCAAAUUGCUGAAGAUUUUGAAGAUUGGCGGUUUUGUUGUUUUAUGUAUAGUUUCAUGUGGUAUUGCAUUAGCUGUAACAUGUGUGUAGCUGUUCUACUUUGCAAUUAUAGUGUUUAUGAUAAUAUUACAUUUCUUAGUUCUCAAGACAAAAAGGCGAAUGAUUGUUAAAUUAGUUGAUUCUGUGUUAUUUAUAUAAUAUAAAUGAUAUACCAGGUAUUCAAAAUUGUGCUAUUUAUUUUGAGUGACUACUUGUACAUUAUUAUUUUGAGUAACUAUCUGUACAUUGUUAUUUUGAGUGGCUGUUUGUAUUUUGUUAUUUUGAAUAACUAUUUGUACAUUGUUA